UUGAAGUAUAAGUAUAUAUUUUUUGGUAGCAGUUGUAGUGCUAAUUUUGAACUUUAUUUUUGUUUUGCGCCAUUUUCAUUCUUUGAGUUGUGAAUUAGUGUUUGGUAGCAUACUUAGGGUAGCUGGGAUAGUCAUAUUUACUUAUUAUUAGCUUUAAUUAUAAUUUGAAAUGUCUGCUGGAAGGAAAAAAGAUCCCAUUUGGGUCUAUUAUAAUGAAAAAAUUGAGUUAGGAAAGAAAGGAUCUAAAGCAAUAUGUAACUUAUGCCAAAAAGAAAUGCAAGGAUUGGUAUCAAGAAUGAAAAUGCAUCAUGAAGUGUGUGUAGCAAAAAAUGAAGUAGAAAAGAAGAAAGAUUGUGAACAAGAAAAAGAUGCUUUAGAUGUUACUGCUACUUACAACAGAGGAACAGAUAAUAAAGCUCAAAUUGAAAGCCAAAAUCUGCCAGAUCCUUGUAAUAAGCGUAUUCAGUGUGAUGAAGAUUUGACUGCUACUGAUACUGACAUAAAGAUAAAGAAAUUCAAGACUACAGGUAUUAGCCCAUUUAUAGUGAAAAUGCCAACCAAUCUUAAAGAUACACUAGAUUUGUAG